AUGCCUGCCAAUCAGUGGGACCUACAAACAUGCCCAUACCGACCAUUUGUCACACGAACGGGCCCUAGUGCAACAUUUAGUAUCUCACUGUGGCCUGGUAGAAUAGCAAUUCUUCGUAUUUAUCAUUCUUCGAUCAAAGAAAGAUCACUAGCAAACAAUCUAAAGCGAACCAUGCGCAUCAAAAAGAAGUACGAAUCCGGAGCUGCUACUAAUUACAUUACUCGAGGGCGAGCGCUGAAAAAACUGCAGCUGUCGUUGAAGGAUUUUCGUCGCCUUUGUAUUCUAAAGGGGAUUUAUCCUCAUGAGCCUUUGCAUAAAAAGAAAAUAUUUUUGAAAAAGCUAACUACGGCAAAAGUAAAACGAGAUGAAGAACGCGUCAAGAAAUUAUACGAAAGACGCCCUGAAUAUCAACUGGAUCAUAUUGUGAAAGAAAGAUAUCCAACGUUUGAGUCAGCACUACGAGAUCUGGAUGAUGCACUAUGUUUGCUGUUUGCUUUUGCAGUUUUUGUCUCGAUUAAGGGGAUCUAUUAUGAAGCAGAAGUGAUGGGCGAACGAGUAACGUGGAUUGUGGGUCAUGACAGAGGCGUGGGACAUGUAAGCGAGUCUGAAGAUGACGACCAAACUGAAGAAGGAAAAGUGUAUAGCUUAGCUUGUCCGCUAUCGAGAUUUGACAGUUAUGAGGAACAUAUUGAUGUCAGUAUCGAUGAUGCAGUCAACAAUGAACUCAGUGAAAAACUGUGUGACGUCGAAAAGAGGAAACAGCUGUUUGCAAACUAUCGUUUUUGGUUAAAUCGUGAAGUUCCAAAAGAUGUUCUUGCAAUUAUUAUAAGAAGUUGUGGUGGCUUGGUUUCUUGGGAAAAUUGUCCAGCGGCACAAUAUUGUGAAAAUGAUGCUCAGAUUACACACCAAAUAGUAGACAGGCCAUUGCUUGACAGUCACAGAAAUCUCAGCAGGUGCUAUGUACAACCGCAGUGGGUUUUCGAUAGUUUUAAUAAACGAACUUGUCUUCAAGUGAAGAAGUACCUUCCCGGUGCAAUACUGCCACCUCAUUUGUCACCUUUUUCCAGUGACUACAAUACUUACGAAGAACAGCUCGAACAGUUAAAGCUGUUAAGCAAAGCAUCGUCAAGCGCGACCAGCAGAAUGAAAACUGAGAGGGAAAGUACGAUACGAGAAAAGAAAAAAGUUCAAAAAGAAAAGGAAGUACCAACUAUGAACGUUAACAAAGGUCGAAUGCAUAAAGAGAAUUUACAGAAGAAGCUAAAUGAAGAGGGACAUGAACUCAAACUACGUGAAAUGCUCAUACCAAAAAAACGUAGGCGAGUUUAUUCCAAAAUCAAGCGAGGAAUUAAACGCCGAGUCCACGAAGAAAAAAAGUUAAAUGAGAAAAGAUUGAAAAUGUUGGAAAAAACGAAUUGA